GGCUGAAGGGUUGCAGAGAGACGCUGCGAUUGGCGUCCUCUGAUAAAAAAGUGCAAUAAUUUUUCUCAAAAAGUGCAAUAAAACUCGUUUGCAGCUCUCGGCACUUCACAAUGUCGCUGACCAUAGUCAAAUAUCGAAAAACAGCUGACGGCAUUCUGCCCAUAACGCCCACUGUGAUAUUUAGACCUAAAGUGCAAGUGCAGCCACAGCAAACUGUCAAGAAGGUAGCAGGCACUACAAUUGCUCUCGGCAAAAUACCUGCCGGAGCUGUUAUCAAGCCGAGUAUGAAACGCGCCUCCAGCAGCGCAACAUCUCCAGCCGCUCCUUUGGUAAAGACACCGAAAUAUGUGAUGCAGUCGAGCAGCUAUGCCAGUGCAUCGUCCCCUUCACUGGCUUGGCAAACGUCGUCCUCACCGCUGGCUAGCAUUAAGAAGGAAUCGCUGGGCGCUGCGAUUAGUUCCCUUCCGCCCAAUACGAUUAUAAAAGCAACCACUAGACAACCCCUAUCCACGACCAACAGCCCGAUGCCAGGUCAUGUAAAUGCACUGGGCACAGGCGCGUCGUCCCCUGCCGCAGCACCUGCGGUCGCCUCCGCGGUGCGUCAGGCUGUUUUCCUGAAACGCGAUAUGCCACAACGCACCAUGCGCAGCAUGACAUUGGGCUCCAUUGAUAUGGCCUCCACACUGCAUCUAGGCGUAUCUAGCGCACAUUUGCCACUGUUUAAGCGACACAUUUGUAAAUACGCAAACCUGUCGCAUCUAGACUGCUGCGUAACUCUGCGAAAGCUGCGUCUGAACGAACCCUUUGCUCUACUCGCCGAGUUUUUUGAGCUCAGCGAGCAAGAUGUGGAGCAGACAUUCAAGCGUACGCUUGUCAAGCUGGCUCGCUGCCUGCGUCCGCUCAUCCGCUGGCCAGAUGCCAAGCACUACUCUGAACGCUUAAAGCACAUGCCAUUAGCCUACAGAGCCAACCUGCUGCAUGUGCGAUCGCUGAUUGAGUGCGUUGAGACGGAGGUAAGCGAGACGCUCAAUUUUGGCUGCGACAGCUACAAGUUUAUCCUCUGUCUCAACACGAAUGGUGUUAUUAGCUAUGUGUCUGAUGCCUUUCGUGGCGACUGCGAUGAUCUGCAAUUGUUUGAGGCUACCAAUUUUAAGGACAUCAUACCCAAGUACUUGACGCUAUGCGCGGAGCCAGGCAAAGCUGUUAAACGCUCACCUAAAACCAAUGUAGAUGAUGGCCUAACAGAUGAGGAGUACGAGGCACAGGAUGAUGAUCAGAAGCAAAUCCUGAGCAAAUUUGAUGAACAGCGCAUAGCUGGCCAAUUGGCCAACAUGGAAACGCUGUCCGUCUCGAAUGGCGCACUGACCUCCACACGUGCACCGCAGCUCCAGUUGCCGACGCUGCGCGUCAAUGAGCCCGCCUGUCGCACACAGAUGCGUCACACGAUCGACACGUUGCGAGAGUUCAAGAUACUCGAUCACUGUGCUUUGCAGCAGACCCCACUGCUGGGCUAUUUGAACGAGAUGCUGAUUGUUGCUGCGGCGCUUUGUAAUCUGCAGCAGCAGUAGAGUAGCAAAAGUUUAGCUUAAAUUUAAACAACACCUGUUUUAAGGUCGUUACACUCGCGAUUAUGUACACAAUAUGUUAGCAUUACAAUUUAAAUUUUGAUACUAAA